AGCAGCAGUGAGCGUGCUGCGGAUGAGCAGGUGAGAACCGUAACGAGAUCACCGUGUUUUCCACCGCACCGUAAAGAAACUCCUCGACUUCAGGAAUCAAUAUCUGAGAGACGUUUAUCUUCGGAGGGACCGUUUCCAGAUCUGCGACAGCGGGCAAUGUUUCUGCUGCAGUACGCCGGGCUCAGCGCUCUGCCCUUUGACCCAACGGCCAGCAAUGACGCUCUCCACUUCAACAGCUCCAACGGGCCGCUGGUGACAGAGUGUGCCUCGGUGGAAAACACUGCUGGAAACAACUGCAAGAAGAGGAAAAGAACCAGUCUGCCUCCAGAUGGGAACUGUAACCUGACCAUGGCUUCUACCUCCAUGACAAUGCCCAUGUCAGACCACAGCCCCUGGGCAACAGCCAUGAGCAACCUGGGGAUGCCUCCACUAAGCAUGACUGGACAGCAGCUCAUGCCAGAUUUUGACCCCAGUCUUGGGCUGAUGACUGGCAUUACCCCCAUAAAUCCCAUGAUGCCCGGCCUGAGCCUGGCGUCCCCGCCCCUCCCCCGGGAGGCGCCCGUUGUCAAGGAGAUCAUCCACUGCAAGAGCUGCACGCUGUUUCCUCCCAACCCCAACCUUCCGCCUCCGGCCAUGAGGGAGCGCCCUCCAGGGUGUAAGACGGUAUUUGUGGGCGGUCUGCCCGAGAACGCCACAGAGCAGCUCAUCGUGGAGAUCUUUGGACAGCGUGGGGAAAUUGCCGCCAUCAGAAAGAGCAAGAAAAACUUCUGCCAUAUCCGAUUUGCUGAGGAGUUCAGUGUGGACAAGGCUCUCCUCCUCUCUGGUUACCACGUUCGUUUGGGCUCCAGCACAGACAAGAACGACUCCGGCCGUCUCCACGUGGACUUCGCCCAGGCCAGAGACGACCUCUAUGAGUGGGAGUGUCGCCAGCGCUUGUUGGCCAGAGAGGAGAGGCACCGGCGCAAGAUAGAGGAGGAUCGCCUCCGGCCGCCCUCCCCUCCUCCCAUCGUGCACUACUCGGCGCACGAGUCCAGCCAGCUGGGAGACAAGAUCAAAGAUGACAAUACGUUUCCUGAAGCGGUGCGUGUGCUCCUGACCUGGCUGGAACGAGGUGAAGUCAACCGCAGGAACGCCAACAACUUCUACUCCAUGAUCCAGUCCUCCAACGGCCACAUCCGCCGGCUGACGGGCGAGAAGAGUCAGCAUGAGAAGGAGGUGGAAGAGGCCAAAGACAAGUUCAAGACCGCGAUGGCCACCAUACUGGCUCAAUUUGAAGAGAUCGUGUCUGUAUUCAACGCUGCUUCCAAACAAAAGGCAUGGGACCAUUUCUCCAAAGCUCAGCGGAAGAACCUGGACAUGUGGCGCACGCAGGUUGAGAAGAUUAGAAACAUGCACAACGAGCAGCUGAUGGGCAUCAGGGGAGAGGAGGAGAUGGAGAUGUCGGACGAUGACAUGGAGGAUUCCUCCGCUUCCAACAGCAAAGACUCUGAAGACUUAGGUGUUUCCCAAGCCGAAGCCUUAAAGGAGGAGAACGACUCGCUGCGCUGCCAGCUGGACGCCUACAGGAACGAGGUGGAGCUGCUCAAACAGGAACAAGGCAAGAACCAACCAAUCGGCAGUGAGGAGGACAACACGCACUCUCAGCAGCUCAGCUUCCUGCAGCAGGCUCUGCAGGGCAUGCAGAAGCAACUUCUGAGAAUGAGGGACGAGUUGAAGGAGCGAGAGGCAGAGCUUGAGAAGAAUAUAGAAGACAAACAGCAGCUGAAGAACCAAAUCCAUGACCUCACAUCAGGACUGCACAACCUGCAGACUACACACACACUACAGCCGGAGACGUUAAAGCAAGAUGACAGAGCGAGCGAACAGACUGCUAAUCAAGACAGUGAUGUAACGGCAUCAUCAGUGGUGUCCUGCAGUCAGGACAAAGAAAGUCUUCCAGAGAAGAAUCGUCCCGGUCCUGUACACACAGAGAGGGAUGCACUGCUAGUCGGGAUCAUUUCAACCUUCCUGCACGUUCACCCAUUUGGAGCCAGCAUCGAGUACAUCUGUUCCUACCUGCAGCGUUUGGACAACAAGGUAACACACACACACACACACACAUACAGUAUCCUAGACAUAGUGACACAGGUUAAAUUUCCCUGCAGGGCUGACAUAUGGGCCUGCUGUAUGCCAGGGUCCUGCUGUGCCAUUUUAGUCUCCUGGCAUGCAAACAAGCCUGAGGUGCAGGUGAGAGCCAUCACUUACUCUUAGAUUUUUUGAGCCUUUGUUUAUCUCAGCAAAGGUUGGUGAACAGGCACAUAAAUGUAAAGCUGCACUGCUUCACGCUCAUACACCUGUUACUAACCAAUAGGUUAUAGGCUAAAAACACGGAGGUGUUUAAGUUGAGACGUUCGGGGCUCUUUCUAUAUCAUCAUUUUUCACCAGAUUAGUUGUGCAGUGCAGAAUAAAGCUUGACUGAUGCUCCACAGGUGUUAUAUUUUACCUCUGUUUUUGUAAAUAGUGUUCUUGUUUUUGUAAUGUACAUAAUGUUUUCGGAUUGUCCGUCCGUACCCUGACGGUCCUUUGUUGUGAACGUGGUAUCUCAGGAAUGCCUUGAGGGAAUUCCUUCAAAUUUGGCACAAACAUCCACUUGGACUCAAGAAUGAACUGAUUAGAAUUUGGUGGUCAAAAGUUACUGUGACUUUACAAAAUUUAUUUUUGGCCAUAACUCAAGAAUUCAUGUGCUAAUUACGACAAUUUCACACAAAUGUCUAUUAGGAUAAAAUUAUGAAGUCAUGACGUUUUGGAAAGACAUGAAUGUAAACUGCAACUUGACUUGUUGCCAGAGCCACACAAUGGCGAGGCGGUAAUUAUAGUUUUCCAGUUUUCUUAUGGUGAAAUCAAAAUCAUAUUUCACUAUUUAAUUCAUUUAGUUACAUGGUUAAACUAUGUUAUUUUGUUGGCAGCUAAACUGUUAGAUACAUGUAUGUGGCAGUAGAAAAUAAUUCAAUUCAGAAAAUGAAGUUGUCUAGAUCACUGCAGGUGUAAUCCGAAUACGGUAACAAAUACAGAUGUUUUUGUGACAUGAACAGAUGCAGAUAGUACCUUUGUGUUAGUUACACAGCCACACUGUGAGUUGCCUGAUUCAACAACAUCACCAAAUCCCAACAGCUGAGUAAAGCCACAGUUGUUUUUGCAUCAGGGAGGCAGGUUUAGGUGUUUUCUUCUGACGCGGAUCGAAGAACUGCUGACCUUACUUGUGGUUAAAAUUCUUGAUUUUUCUCGACCUUUAAGACCGCGUUAAAACUAGAACCUCAAUGUGUAGCUAAAGUUUUUCUUUGCUCCGUAAGAGCCUUUCUGUUUCUGUCAUGUUGCCGUUAUCACUUUCUAAUUUUAUCACACAUCCCCACUCGCCCAACUUAUUGAUGAAUAUAUUCAUGUUCUGCGUCCCACCUGCUGCUGCCUGCCUCAGCCAGUUUAGGCUGUUAGUCAGCCUGAUUUCUCUGAACAAGACGACACAUUUGAGCUGAUUCCUGGUUUAUAAGUCAGCUGGGCUUUGUCGUCACCAAAUCUCUAAGACCGUUCUUCAUUUCUAAAUGUGCUCUGAUUACCUCCUGCUGCUCAAUUUCACUGCAUCUGACUGGCACCUUCAGGAUGAGAACUCCAGUUAAUAUAACGCUGUUAAAGUGUCUUCUUUUGAUUUUAUUAAUAAAAGUAUUGGGUUUCUCACCAGGCACUCAUCCAACAAAGUGUAAUAUUUAAGACAGCUGGUGUCAUUUUGUGGGAUCUGAUCCCACUUGAAACCUUCAACCAGAGAGGAAAAUUAAACAUUAGCAUACAUAUACAAAUGUUUGGUUCUAGAUCCUAAAUAUAUAUUUAGGAGCAUUGCUACUCAUUCUUAGACAAGUAUACAAGGAGCAGAACAUGUCAACAACAGUUCAACAAUUUGGGAAAUGAAGCUACAACUUAUUGUUUUUACUCUUCAGUUGUUGCACGGAUUAAACAAAGUAGCAUGAAGAUGUUAAUUAGUGAGCUUUAAAUGUGCUUAUAAUCAGGUUGUUUUUACUUUUGAUAGUUUUUUCCCCGUUUCCAGUCUUUAUGCUAAGCUAAGCUAACCGUCUCCUGGCUCAAGCUUCAUAUUUAUCUUACAAGCUAUCUUACAAGUUAUCUUACGAGUGAUUUCAAUCUUCUCAUCGAACAAAUUAGUGCAUUUUUCAAAAUGUCUAACUAAUGCUUGAAACAUGUAUGUGUAGAUGUUUAUGUGUCUUUUUGCACAUGUUUGGCAUGCAUUGUACAUGCUUGUGUUGCAUGUUUGAGAUUUUGUUAAAGUCUGUGUGUGGCUGUUUGCCUGUUGUAUCUGUUGUUUCCACACUGACUCUGAACAUCAAGCAGCCCACAGCGUUUUGUCAAUACCACUGGCUGGACUGCCCGUCAACAAACCCAAUCCUCUCUGCUUAUCUGCCGGCUCCACACACAGCUCCAUUGUCUGUAAUGAUACACCAGUCCUAUCUCCGUGAUGGGCCUUAAUGUAUCCUGACAUCAGCACCGGGCUCCAACAACCUAGUUAUUAAUGCAAGACACAGUGGGUUGCCUACAGCAGCUCGUGCAGUGGAUUUCUGUCUCUACUGUCACCUUGGCCUCGCUGCUUCUCCUCAGCCCACGCAGGGGGGGGGGGUGUGAGCCGGUGUAGUUCCUGUCAUGUAGCUCAUAUUGUCUUGAUGCUUGCCCUUUUCAUCUGAAUUAAGUGAAGGUGUGAGAACUGAGUGCAAGCAUAAUGAAAAUGAAGAGCAGAGGUGUAAGAUGAUGUGUGAGAUUGUCUGUGUUCAUUUGUGUGAGAAAGUAGCUUUGUGCGACAGAUGCGUGCGUGUGUGCGUUUCCGCAGAUUAACACCGGUGAUGUGGAGGCUCUUCUUUCCCGGCUGCCCUGCACCUU